AUGAGAUCUAAAACGAACUCUGAGUCUGAUAAUAUUUCUUCAGUAGAAGGAAUGAAAAUUCCUUCGAUUGAAUUACCUGAUGAACUAUUUGAGAAAAGCUUAGAUCCAUGGCGUUUUUCCUUAAUUGGUAGAUUAAAUUUAGAGAAGAUCAAAUUUGUUGAUGCUGCAAUAAUUCUUAGAAAUCAAUGGAAGUUAACUGGGGAAUGUAAGUUAAUUCCAUUAGGUAGAGGUUUCUUUACCAUCAAAUUGGAUAAUGCUACAGACCGUAACUACAUCAAGUCUCAAGUAUGGGAAGUUACAGAUAAAAUUUUGAAGGUUAGAAAUUGGGUUUAUAAUUUUCGACCUACCAGCCAAAGAACUUCUAAGGCUUUUGUUUGGGUGAGAUUUCCAGGUUUAGGUCUUGAAUUCUGGAGUGAAUCAAUUCUGUUCAAAAUUUGUAAAGAAAUAGGAACUCCAAUUAAAAUUGAUGAGGCAUCAGCUAAAUGUGAUGUUGGAUAUUAUGAAAAUGUCUUGGUUGAGGUAGAUUUUGCUUCUUCAGUUCCAAACAAAGUAUGGAUUGGGACUAAAUAUGGAGAUACCGUGGUUAAUGAAGAUAAGACAGCUGAUGUUGUAGAAACUCCUCAAAUCAAAUUUGUAGAUGGAAAGACAAGGAUAGUCUCUGAUGAAACUGUUAAGGUUACUUCAUGGUCAAAAGUGGUUGAAAAGAAAGUGAUUAAUCCUACUUCUACUUCUUCCACUUCUCAACAUUCUCCAGGUGCAGUUAAAGGUGGUAAUCCAAUUGUUAAAAAUAAGAAACAUAAUCUCAGAAAAAAAUCAUGUCAAUUAAAUCUCCCUGGAAUGAAAAGUAUGGUGAUACAUAAUUCAACCUCAUCUACAAAAGGUAAUUUAUGGUUAUUCUGGAAUGCUUCUUUAUUUACUCCUCAAGUUAUUUCAAUGUCUAGCCAAAUGGUAACUGUCAGUAUUGGUGAAGUAUUAAUUUCUGGUAUUCAUGCUCAUGUUAAAAAGAGUCAAAGAAAGUUUCUAUGGUCAGAGAUGAAAAUCAUUAGUCAGCUACAAAAACCAUGGGUUGUUUUAGGUGACUUUAAUGCUAUAAUUUCACCUGAAGAGAAAUUUGGUGGUAAGGCUCCAAACAGAAUUUCAAUGAUGGAUUUUAUUCAUUGCCUUAAUGAAUGUAACUUAAUUCAAGCUCCUAGUACAGGUCAGCAAUACACUUGGUCCAAUUGUCAACAAGGAACAAAAAGAAUCCUAUGUGUUCUAGAUAGAGCUGUUUUCAACUCUUUAUGGUUACAGAAGUAUGGUGAUUGGGGAUAUAAGGUUGGAUUGAGGAUAGUUUCGGAUCAUGCUCCAUUAUUAUAUGGUUGUGCAAGCAUACCCAUACCAAAGAAUGUUCCCUGGAAAUUUCAGAAAAUGUGGAUUGAUCAUCCAUCAUUCUUAAGUGAAGUGAAGAAAGUAUGGACUGAGAAUAUUAUUGGUGAUUCAUCUUUUAUUUUCAUGCAGAAGCUAAAAAAGCUAAAAAAGUUCUUAAGUGAGUGGAAUUGGAGUGUAUUUGGUAAUAUUAAUACAAAAAUUAAGGAAGCAGAAGAGAAAGUUCAAAAAGCAAUGGAGUUAUAUGAUCAAAAUCCCUUAAAUGAAGAUCUUUUAGCCAACUUAGUAGAAUCACAAAAUGAAUAUUCAAGAAGAGAAGUUCAAGCAAAUACUCUUAUGAGACUUAUGUCAAGAGAAAAAUGGAUUAAAGAUGGUUCUGCAAACACUGCAUACUUCCAUGCUAGAAUGAAGAUUAGACAAGCAAGAAAUACAAUUAGUGAACUAGAAGAUGCAAAUGGAAAUAUUGUUAAUGAUCAAUCUCAAAUUGCAGAUACUUUAGUCAAGCAUUUUCAACAAAAAUUUGAAGCUCAAGAUGUUGAUGUUUCUGAAGAAUUGCUUGAUGUUAUUCCCUCAGUUAUUACAGAUGAAGACCAAGAAAUGUUGGACUUCAUUCCCACCACUAAAGAAAUCAAGAAAAUUAUUUUUGAAAUGGACUCAGAUAGUCCCCCUGGUCCAGAUGGAUUUCCUGGAUCCUUUUAUAAAAGUUGUUGGGAUAUAAUUCAAAUGGAUUUAAAAGAUGCCAUACAGUUUUGUUGGAGAAGAAGAUUUAUUCCUAAAGGCCUGAAUUCAAAUUUCCUAACCCUCAUUCCUAAAUGUGCAGGUGCUAAGAAAGAAAGUCAAUAUAGACCAAUUGGAUUGAGUAAUGUAUUGUUCAAAAUUUUCACAAAGAUAAUUUCUAUCAGAAUGAAUGGACUCAUGGAGAAGUUAAUUUCAUCACAACAGGCUGCUUAUGUUAAAGGAAGAAGCAUUCAAGAACAAAUACUUCUAGCUUCAGAGAUGGUAAAUGAAAUGAGGAAAAAGAGAAUAGGAGGUAAUGUGGCUUUUAAACUGGACAUAUCACAGGCUUAUGAUUCUGUAAGUUGGACUUUUCUUCUUAAAGUUAUGCACAAAUAUGGAUUUUCAUCAUCUUGGUGUGAUUGGUUGUUAACCAUGUUUAAAUUUGCAAAACUAUCAGUAAUGGUCAAUGGAGGACCAUGUGGCUUUUUCUCAAUGCAUAGGGGUCUUAAGCAGGGUGAUCCUUUAUCCCCUAUUCUAUUUAUUUUGAUGAAAGAUGUAUUGAGUAGAAAUAUCACAAAUUUAGUUAAUACAGGGAAGAUAACUCCAAUGGUAGUUAGAAAUGGGAUAUAUCCAACACACUUAUUUUUUGCUGAUGAUGUUUUCUUAUUCUGUAAUGGAGCUAAGAAGACUUUGUUUUGUCUAUUUAAGCUGAUUGACAAAUAUCAACAUAGCUCUGGUCAGAUGAUUAACAAAGCCAAAAGCAAGUGUUUCAUUGAUGGUACUAAUUCAACCAGAAAGCAACAAAUUAGCAGCAUAGUUGGUGAUGGAGAGGUUAUAAAGUAUAAAAAUUUAUCUUGGAAGAAGAUCUGUGUGCCAUAUAUUGAAGGUGGCUUGGGUAUUAGAAGGCUAGAAGUUCUUAACAAAAUUUUGCUGAUGAAAAUGAUGUCAAAAUUGGUGUAUUCAUCAGAUGAAUGGGCUCUGUUUUUUACAGCUAAGUUCAAAGAUAAAUAUGGUAUAUGGUUUUCAAAAUGGAAAUUAUCAUCAGUAAGAGCAGGUUUGCAAUGGGCUUGGCUUACUUUACAAGAAGACAUCUCUUGGAAGAUUGGAAAUGGUGCUAGCAUCUCAGUAUGGUUUGAUAACUGGUAUGGAUCAUCCCCACUAAUUAAUGAAAUUGGUUAUACUGAUUUUUUUCAUAACAAUAUGCAGUUGAAAGUUCAGGACUUAAUCAUUAAUGAUCAAUGGAAUAUACAUCCUCAGUUGCAGCACUUGUUACUGAGUGAUAACUUUCCUCAUAUUCACAAUGGAAAUGAUUCCAUAAUAUGGAACCUACAUAGUAGUGGAAUGUUUAAUAAUGCAAAGGCAGUGAAGAAAAUAAGACACAAGGAAGACAAGGUAGAUUGGUCUUCUUAUAUAUGGAGGAAAUCUUUGCACCCAACUAUUGCCAGCAACAUUUGGAAGCUUCUACAAGGAGUUUAUGUGAAUGAUGACAUGAAAAGAAAACAAGGAUAUGAAAUGCCUUCUAGAUGA